GACAUGUUUUGAGGCGUCUAGCUGGCCGUCACAGCAGUUAUUUGUCGUGCGGCGCAGCGAGGACAGCCUCCGCCAUCAGUUCUUGCUGUGCGCCAAGCAGGAGCGGGUGAGGCGCCCGCAAUAAAAAGUUCUACAGCGUUUUGUGCUGGCUUGAUCACAAAAAAGACGCAUGACCGCCGCGCCGCCCGAACCGCGCGACCCAAAAGACAUGGCCACGACGGCAAAAAAACCAAAAGGCGUCGAGGUCUUCGUCCGCCUCGAGGAGACGGACAAAGAGCACCGCUUCGCCUUACGAUGCACGCUCCCGUCGAGGUGGCUCGGCCGGAAGUCCUUGCGGAGUUUGUUGGACACGUUCUUCGACGCCUAUGAACGCGCUAGGCCAUCGGCACCCCAUGCGCGCCGCGACGCUGCACUCUGGGGCGACGCGUCGCGAUCGCAGCUCGACCUCGAUUCAUUAUUAUCGGAAGACCUGGGUCACGAGCGGACGCUCUGGGUGCGGUUUUCGUCGUCUCCAGAGUUUUUUGGAACGCCAAAAACGAAUACGGCGCUCAUAGAAUAUGUGCCGCGCAUAUUGACGCGGACGACGCGGGAAGAGCUAAGGGAAAGGCACGAGAAGAACGUGCAAGACCGGGCCCAGCGGGUUCUCGAGUUGUUCGCCGUGCCUAGGGAAGCGUCCGUUGUGGAUGCGUGUCGGCGCGUUUUGAGGGAUGAAGGCACGUCUGAAGGCGCUUGUGAACACAUUGCCACAAAAAAGAUUGACAUACAUACGAUCAAAGAUUGUGGGGAUGAUGGCAGAUACGCGGAAAGCUCAGCUAGUGCCUGGAAUCGGUUGCAGGGGUUCCUGCCCGAAGAUUUACUAGUGGGUGGCUUCGUACCCGUCAGACGGGAAUCGAAGGUCGUCGCGGCGUUGUAUGGGAGGCGGUGGGUCUGCCGGCCGCGCUUCGCCGGGAAGCCCUCGGGAGACCCGUCCGUCGUCGGUCGGUGCCUUGGUUUAAUGCAUCGCUGUGCGAGGACGUACGCGCUCCAUUCCAUCGCGUGCGCGUCCAUGGAGCUGCGGCCGCGGCCCUUCGCUGAACAAUUGCGGAAGGAUUGUGAUUUUGCCUGUGCCAAGCUCGCGGCGUCUGAUAUCGGCGCGGAAUACGCGAAGCUCGUCGAAACCUGUGUGGAAACCAACCAGUGCGUCGGGUGCACCGACGAUUCUUCACUAAGUCAUUUCUCGGCGAUGACGUGGCCGCGCUGGCUCCGUCGAGCGGUGAGGGAACGGCAUCGCCACGCCAUCGAGCAGGCGUCGCGUCGAUGGCGUGCAGGUCGACGCGACGAGAACGCGCCGUAAAAUUUUGAUUUCCACACAGGUCGAAACCAACGUCCCGCUCAUCUUGAGGGACCUGGCACCGCAGUGGGUCCAUGCAAACUUCACGCCAUCCUCAUGCCGCCAGCACGUUAAAACAAGGAGGGUGCGCGUCGAUAAUUGCGAGGGCGGCCGCGAACAUUGUAGACUGUGGGACCUGUACCACCUGUUUGUCUGGGACUUCUCGAAGCGUGGAUUAGAUGCCGGUACGCAAGCGUUCCCCGUGGCGCUGCGGGCGUAUUUCAAGCAUUGCGAUCAGCCACCUACUCGCAAGGAGGCGGCGCUGCUGGUGCCCGUGUUUUUGUUGAGGACCGGUUUAUUGUUAGCGGAAUGUGUGGACGAGUUAGAAAGAGACGACCUGGACGUUGUGCUGCGGGCGCGCAAGUCAGGUGUGGAUGUGGACUCAUUUAGAGGCGUCGGGGCGCCGCCGCUCAUGAAGCGCGAGGAACGUGUCGCUAUUCUAGAGAGGAGGCAAAAAACUCUCUUGAGGGUCUGGCGCACUUUGUACAAGAAGCGGGACUGGCUUAGGGAGAUUUUUGAGGAGUCGGGGCCGAAAUUACUAGAAACGUCGGCGACGCUCAAACUGCUGCCGCCGUCGGAGUCGGCCAUUGUGGUGCUGAAGAGUCGUGCGGAGGAGGACGCCCUCGUCGCGCAGCGGACGGCGGAACUGGGCGGCGGCUUCUGGGCGCGCGUCAAGGCCGGGCGCGAGUGUAGGGCGCCAACUACAAUUGGUUGUGUUUCUGCCGUGUCUCAGGGGGAGCUCCUAGAUGUGCUGGAAGGAAGGCUCGCCGGCAGUGAGGUCGCCCCACUCAAGGAGCUGGCGCGAAGCCUGAAGGCCGGUAAAGAAAAAGUAACAGUAAAACGCGCGGACGGCGUCGUCGGCGGCGUCGUCCUGUCGUUACGCAGAGAAUCAAGACGCGUGGCGAACGUCCAGCAGCUGUCGGCUAUUCUUCCUAGACUUGUUGUGCAGCCGGCGGUCGAUGGUCUGGUCGAAGGUGAUUUGGAGAGGCAUUUGCGCGAGCACCCCGACGUCGCUAUCGAUUAUGACGCGUGGGCCGCGCGCGCUUCGAAAGAGGGUCUCGCCUUGUUGAAGCCGCGGCGCGGCGAGGUCGCGCGCGCGGCGUCGCACUGUCAGGCGUGGCGCCUCUGUACCACAGAUCAUCUGUUAGUUCUAGAAGACGGCGUCGAGGCGCCUCCCGACCUCGCCGACGCCGUGGCGCUGCUGCUGAGCGAGGUUCCGGAAGAAUAUGAUCUGCUCUACCUGUGCGUUCCGGAGCGGUAUAGGGUGGAUGAGAAGGGCGAAGGCCGCGUCGUCCGCGCGUCCGUCCCUUCGCUGUCGGCGUACGUGGUCUCGCGGCGCGCCUGCGAAACACUCAUUGAGUUGUGUCGCGCGGGCCUGGACCGGUCGCUCGGCGAAGCUGUUGCUGCGGCUGGGUUGGUGACGUACGCGGCGCGGGCGCCGCCGGUCGUUUCCUCGGGAUUGGCUUCUGCUAUAGCGUCGACUCCCGAGUUUUGUCCUCUGCCUGAGGAGGAGUAAUAUGGUAUUUUGUCUAGGCUG